AUGGAAAUUGAAUCAGAUAUUCCAAGAAUCCCCGAUUUUCAAUUAUCAGAGAAGCAAUUUUUAUUGCAACACACUGACUUGGAAGAACAGGACCGUCAUCGCAUUAUAGAGGAAAUCCUUGAGACAAUUAAAAAAGAUCACCUUGCUCCGUAUUAUCAUUACUUACAUACCGAAAUUACCGAUUUCCCUUAUGACGAGAGUUUGUAUCGUGAAUUGACCUCUGAGAAUGAAAAGGUUAUUGAAGAAUUGAAACUGAAAAUUAAAGAGGCUGAGGAUGAAGAAGACACGGAGUUGGACGUGGCAUCAACAACAAUGAAACUAGCAGAAUACUACACUAAAAUUAUCGAUAGAAAGAAUGCCUCAGAGACAUUUAAAAAAGUGUUAGAAUUGACUCCGAAUACAGGUAGCAAGAUUGAUCAUUUGUUGACACUAACUAGAAUAGAUUUUUUCUUUCACGAUUUGCCACUGGUCCAAAAGCAUUUAGAGCAAAUUGCCCAGUUGAGUGAAAAGGGGGGUGAUUGGGAACGUCGUAACCGUUUUAAGGCUUACAAUGGUAUUUAUAUGUUGGCAACAAGAAAUUUCGCUGAAGCAGCAAAGUUGUUAAUUGAUUCAUUGGCUACAUUUACAUCUACCGAACUUUGUUCUUAUGAAGAAAUAGCCCAAUAUGCUAUUGUUGCUGGCGUCUUGUCGUUAGAGAGAGUUGAUUUGAAAAACAAAAUAAUUGAUUCUCCAGAGGUUUUGUCCAUCUCAUCCACAACACCAAAUUUGGAACCGUUGUUAAAUUUGACAAACUCCUUAUAUACCUGUGAGUACAAUUACUUUUUCCAGUAUCUUUUGGAUUCCUACGAGAAGUUGUUGUUGACAAACAAAUACUUGUACAAGCAUGCAAACUUUUUCCUCAGAGAAAUGAGAUGCAAAGCUUAUAGUCAAUUGUUGGAAAGUUAUAAAUCAUUAUCUUUGAAGUCAAUGGCAGCCAAUUUCAAUAUAAGCGAGGAGUUUUUAGAUGAAGAUUUGUGCAAGUUCAUCCCUAAUAAAAAGUUAAAUUGUAUAAUUGAUAAAGUUAAUGGAAUAAUUGAAACAAAUAGACCAGACAACAAGAACAGCCAGUAUUAUGCGUUACUUAAACAAGGGGAUAACUUGUUAACCAAAUUACAGAAAUACAGUGCAGCCGUCAAAUUGAGUGGGGCAGAAAGAGUUACCUAA